AUGGUUACCGAGGGAAUUAGCGGGUCCGCGGAUGUCGGAAAGGCUGCAGCGAUUCGUGUUGGUGGCUUUGGUGGAUCAGACGUCAACCCCGUCGCUGACGGUUGGAAGGAUGGCAAUUUAAAACCCCUGGAUAGCUACUUUGGCACAGACACUAGUGGCCUGCACCGGGAACAGAAAAGAAUGGUUGCAUUGAGUUCGCCAGUCCGCUAUUCCAUUGAGGGGGAUGGCUUUCUGUUCAGGUCUUGUCCGGUCUUGUCUUGUUGGUGGCCUGAGAAGUUGACGGAAGCACAAGACAGAAAGGUUAAUAAUGUUUGGAAAGUAUGGCGAUGGGUCGUGAUAUGA